UGAAUUGACCGAUCAAAACAGAAACCUGAAGAAACGGCCAGGUAUUUAUUUAACCAUGUAGUAGUAGACACAAAGCAACAGGUAUAGAAUCCCGCAGAGGAAGAAGAUUGUGCUGCCAGCCGCCGGUUUCCCAAAUGGAGAGUUGUCAGGAGAUUGCACAGAGCCUUAGCAUAACUCCAGCGAUCUUUCGCUUGUUUUGGGUAAGUUUUGAAGCUAAAGUACUGAAAGUUUGCAUCAGUUUGUGCAUGGUAAAGCGCGUAAUGGAAUGGUUGUGAAGUUUUCAACAAAAUCUUCUAAAGUUAAUCAUUUUGAAUGAAUUUAAGAUAGAAACUUUUUCGCUUCCAUGAAGCGAGGAUCAUUAUUUUUAUUAGCUUACCUUGAUCUGGUGUAAGUGAGUGAAAAAGAGUUGAUCCACCUGCACCAACAUAAUCUUAGAAAGGUGUACGAACUGUGUGUAGUGGUGGCGCAUAAGCACGUGUUGUUUUUGUUUUGAUACAGCACGUUUAUUGCGCGUGUUGCGUAACAUUAGUAUUCAAAACAUAGAAACGUGAAUCGUUGUCGGUGAUAUAGUUCCGCGAUCAAUGGUGUGUUUGUUUACGAAAGGAAUGAUCUAGCGUACACCCGUGAAAAACAAGUCGAAAUCAGUCGGUUUUUAAUUUCAAGAAUCCGAAACAAAAAGCCAGUUUGAAUGAAAUACGAAAUCAGUUAUCACAGCGAUACAGAAAAGAUGGGAAGCCGUGCGCAGUCUGUGAUCUGUGAUAAAGUGCUGGCCGGACUGCCGCAGCUCCUGGACGAUCUGCAGAAGCUGUCAGAAGAUAAGGACACAGCGGACGUGCUGUUUAUUCUCGGAACAAACGAGGAUCGAAUCUAUGCCCAUCGGAUCAUCUUGAUGGCGAGAUGCAAAUCAUUUCAAACGCAAAAACGUGGAGAGAUUUGCCGAAUCCCUGGUAGCUCGGUAGUUCCGUCUGUGCCAGGAACUCCAACCACCAUCCGGUUGCCGCAUAUUGAAGCGGAUAUUUUUCGCCAAUUUAUACUCUACGUUUAUACUGCUAAGAUUAUGCUUCAGGACUCAAAAGUGUUUGAAAUGAUGAUACUGGCUCAGGAUCUAGGUGUCGAAGAAUUAAAAAUAGCUUGCGAAGAGCACGUUAAAACUGCCAUGUCCGUAGCCAAUGCCUGUACAUUUUUGGCGGCAGUUAUGGAGAUACAAGAAAAACCUGCAGGAGCAAAGAUUGCACCACCUUUUCUGGAUAAGUGCAUCACUUACAUAGCUGAAAAUGCGUCUGAAUGUUCCAAAACGAAUGCAUUUCUUAAUCUCACGAAGGAGGGCCUAAUUCAGGUGAUUUCGUACGAUAAUCUGGGCCUAGAAGAAGAGGACGUAUGGCGCUGCGUGCUGGCUUGGGCUAAAAAUCAAGCCGGGGUCACACAGCCCACCGCUCACUGGACCGAGGAAGAGAGACAGCGAGUUUGUCAACAAUUGGCACCUGUGAUUUCCCACGUGCGGCUUUUUUUGAUCGAUAGCCAAGUGUUCGCAGAGGAAGUCGAGCCUACGGGCGCUGUGCCGAUAGAACUGUCGCUGGAACGUUACCGCAGGGCAGCACUUCACUCGAAUAAGCUGCCAGCGGCUGCGGUGCCAAUUCCCGCGGGUCCUCUAGGCGAACAUGACAAAAGACUCCAGCCACGACUUAUGCUCAACCUGUUCCACGGAUCGUCCAUUUUGAAGAACGACAAAAUACAUAUGCAAGGUACUCUAAACGGCUGGUAUGGAGUCCACAAGCAAACCUGGCGCUUAGUUUAUCGAGCCUCGACGAAUGGAUUCACUGCUUCCUCAUUCCAUAGACAUUGCGACGGAAUCGCUCCUCUGUUCAUAAUAGCUUUGGGAACACAAGGUGCCAUUAGUGGUGGGUUCACAGACGUGGCAUUCGCUAAAACCAAUCGUAAAGGCGGAUACAUACAUUCGGAAAAGGCUUUCCUCUUUGCGCUGAACCACAACAAUGAACCACCUGCAAAAUACGACAUUAUCAAGAAACCCUACGCUAUUUGUUAUCAUCCAGACUGCGGUCCCAUCUUCGGUGCAGGUGCUGAUUUACUGAUUUCUAAUAAUUGCAACGUAAGCCUGGAAUCAUACUCCAAUUUUCCACACUCAUACGACGGACCGAAUGCUUCCUUUGGAAAUCUUUUCGGUGAUUACAACUUCUCGAUAGCUGACUACGAGGUGUUUACUUUAGCCCCGACAGCUGCCCCACCCGGUAUCAAAAUGAAGCAUGAUCGUUAUCCGUGAGAUCACAACUAGCAAUAUGUUUGGUUAGGUUAGGCAGUGGGUGCAUUAUUCGAUGGAGCAUUAUUAGUUUGAUAAGACUGAAAUACGGAGAAUAGCAUG